CAAAAUAUUAGCCAAAUCGGAAAUAUUUGAGGCAUCUAAUUGAGUUCAAAGAAAUUGACGAACACUAUAUUCUAAGAAACAUUGAACUUUUAUUGUGACAAUCAAAUAGACAAAUGGUUUCGGAUUCAAUUGAAUUUUUGCAAGGAUGAUCUAUGAAUCAACACUUACAAAAUAGACAGUUCGGAUCGUUGAAGUUCGAUACGAGAGAAUUGUUCUAAAAGAAUUUAUAAAUUUUUGUUACAUACCUUUAUAAUACUCCUAUGAUGUUUUUCUAACAUCUCUUGUCAACCCCUUUAAGACCUUUUUAUUUUUUUAUUUUUUUUUUAGAAAGAACCCCUUUAAGACUUAAAAAUCUCUAACUCAAACAUAACUUACAUUCCCUCCUAAGUCCAUUUUUAUGUUAAAAAAAGCUGUAAGAACAUUGCUUAGUAACUCUAAAAUAUAAUGCAGACUCUCCCAGUCCUUUAAACCAGUUUUAUAUACUCUAUCCUUCUUUUCCUUUCUGUGUUAUAUAUAAAGUUUGGUUGACUCCAUAUUAUAAAAGAAACACCAUCUAGCAAUCGGUUGAAUUUUGAUGCCAAUUAGUUGACGGGUUUCUAUCCCAACAACUAUUUGGUGCAGAGACAGCAACUCAAGUCCUUCCCAUUUCUCUUCAACUUCCUUUUACUUGAAGCAACAACUAACAAAAAGAAAAAUUACUCACCAGAAGAAGCACCUCAUAACAAAAACAAAUGUUCUUUGAGUUUGCCAGUAUCAAUCAUAACCAAGUUAGCUAGCUCCACCUUUUUUUUUUUUUUUUUUUAUUAUAAAUUAACACCUUUAAGCAUAAACCAAUCUGAUAUAAAAUUUCUCAUACAAAUUCCUACAUUAUAUAUAUUAUACUGGCCAAAACCCACCAAAAAACCCAGUAACCCUAAUUCCAAAUUUAAUAGAUUUUUCAAAGAAAUGGGUACAACGGAAAGAACAAAGAAGAGGGUCCAAUUAUGGAAGAAAGCUGCCGUCCAUUUUGCUUUGUGUUUUGUUAUGGGGUUCUUCUCAGGCUUUGCUCCAACGGAUAAGGCUUCGCUUUUCGCUAGAACCGAUGCCGUGGUUUCCUCCAAUAAAUCACUGGACUUUCCGCCGCAGUCGGUAGAACCGCCGCAAGAAAUAGUACCGGAUGUUAUUAAUAGAAGUUUGAUAGCUGCAGAGACACCAAAUGUGUCAAUAGCAGCAGCAGCAGAACCUGCAAGGCACAAAGAGAGCUCCGAAAACUCGAGGUUCACACAAGAAGAAGAAGCAGAGGAAAAGAAAGAACCCGAAGUGACGCCGAGAAGGUUCAUAAUCAUAGUCACUGCGACGGCAACGAGCACGAAAGACAUUAAGUUUAAAAGUGUGUUUUUGAGAAGACUAGCCAAUACUAUAAGGUUGGUUCCUCAGCCGUUGCUUUGGAUCGUGGUGGCGCCGAAAACGGAGUCGAAUGAAGUGUCCGAAGUGCUGAUGGGAACGGGGAUUAUGUACAGGCAUUUGGUUUCGAGAAUGAAUUUUACAGACGCAGAAGCUGAAAGGGAUCGCCAGAGGAACAUUGCUCUUAAGCACAUUGAAAAGCACAGGAUUAGUGGGAUUGUUCACUUUGCUGGGCUUUCUAAUGUUUACGAUCUUGGCUUCUUCGACCAACUCAGAGAAAUUGAGGUUUUUGGGACAUGGCCAAUUGCUCUACUUGCAGCAAACAGAAAGAAGGUGAUCAUUGAAGGACCUGUAUGUGAUUCUUCACAAGUCAUAGGAUGGCAUUUGAAGCAAAUGAACAAUGAAACAGAGACUAGGCUUCCCAUUCAUAUCUCAAGUUUUGCUUUCAAUAGUUCAAUUCUUUGGGACCCCGAGAGAUGGGGUCGCACUUCAUCUCUCCAAAGCUCCUAUCAGAAUUCAAUCAAAUUUGUAAAGGAAGUGGUUCUUGAAGACGAAACAAAACUAAAGGGAAUCCCACCAGAAGAAUGCUCCAAGAUCAUGCUUUGGUGUCUUCGUCUUCAUGCUGCAGGAGGAGCCACUGCACCACACCAAAUCAAUCAAUGAAAAAUGGAAAAUUAAUUCGUUGGCAAAAUAAUUACGUACCAAAUAGAGAUAUUACUCGAUCAUUUUGUUUUAUUUUGUUUUAUCAUGCAUGUAAUUCUUUAUAAUUUUAUUUGUUCUCUCUUUUUUGUUUUUUUCCUAAAUUUUUGUAGUAGAUUUUACGCCGCCAGUAUACUUAAGUCAAUAGCUUACAUGAUCAUUGAAGGAUCCCUAUCACACUUAUUACAA